AAUGGCGGUUUGGACGAAGAAGAUACAGUAAAUCGCAUUCAUGGACUGUCUGUAGUUGAAAAGAAUGGAGAGACAAGUAAGAAGAAUUCUGGACUAAACACAGGUAACUUUUGAAGUAUUAAUCGCGCAUUCAUAGAAUCAUUGGGUGAUGUUGGCACAGUGUUAGUGUAUUUCACUCGUAUGUGAAAAUACAUGUACACCACAGCUAGGUCGCAAAUACCUUUGGUAUUGUCAGGAUACUGCAAUUUCCUCGUACAUUAAGAUUAGACCAAUAAGCUGUGGUCUUAUCCGAUAGACCUUUUCCGGUAUAAAUAAAGUUGGUAUAAUUUAAGUUUCCUCUUGUAAGAACACUGGAUCAAAAAAGGAUUCCUCUCACUGGACCUCUAGGAUAAAUAUAGUAUAGUAUAGGUUUCCUCUAGUAUUAACGCUGGACCAACAAGAGAUCAUGAACCUUAACAAGCAUAGUGUUUCAUCAACUCGAUCUUUUCUAUGUUAGCAGGUAUGAGCAUGGACUCAAAUACAGCCUGCAACAGCAACAAUUACAAUGAAGAAGUGACAGUGCCUGCUGAAACAUCAUGUCAAAAGAUGCUAAAGAAAACCCAUAAUGCAGUGCAAAAGUUCAAGUUAACCGCCAAAGAAAAGAAAACCAUUUUCCGAAUAUUAUACAUCAUUGGAGUGCUAUGCCUUACAUCCAUACCAAUUCUGGCUGCUUUUGCGUAUGUAAUCGUAAGAGGAACGGACAAUAUUUAUGUUAAUUAUUUAUACCCGUGGGGCACAACAAUGAUUUUUACUAGUGGAGUAAUUAAUGCGUAUAUAUACUGCUAUAGAAACGAACAUUUUCGGACACGCAAAUCAGCUUUUAAGAACUCGCCAGUUUGCUCGUCUGGUAAUGCAAAUGAUGGUCACCUUGGGCAUAGUCGAUCGCAACAAAACUCCACUAAAAAUAACAUUGAUCACGGUUUUCAUUGAUAAUGCGUUUCGAUUCUGGGUUUAGCUUGUGAUAAUUUUGAAUACCGACUUGUCAUGCAUUAAGCCAUGCCUUAUGAGACCUUAUGAAGCCAUGCCUUAUGAAGCUGAUAUGUGGGCACUGGGCAAUGAGGAAAUGACCACUUAUAUAGAGGGGACUGGGAUCAGAUUGUAAUAAUGGAUACAGGGAAUAUCACUCUGAGACGAGGACGUUAAAACAGCUGCAGCCUAGAAUGUGUAGCCAAGAAAUGAGAAGCAAGCAUGAGGUGAUUGAACAUUUGAUUACAAUGGAUGAUAGAUUAUUAAAGGCGAUUGCCAAUCAAGCUAAUUAAGCAUUCCACAUUCAGCUUUAGAUAUGAUGAGACUUUUUCAAACAACUUUAUUUACGCGCUUUAACACUUGCCAUGAUACGUUUACAAUCCAAAUACGAACAACUGUUACAAAUUUUUAGUUGUAAAAUCUGAUGAAUAAUUAUCACAAAUUCAGUAUGAUUUUAAUAUUUGUAAUCAACCAAAUUUUCUGUUUAUUUUGCAAUAAUUACAUUUCCCGCAAAAUUGGCAAAGGGUCAUUCUAAUUAGAUAUGACUCGGGUUUUUGGUUUUGUCAUCGUCAUGUUUUUAAAGUUUGUUUGUUGGACAUUUUUACAGUUGUUUUUGGACGGCUUGUGUAAAACUUUUCUUUAAAAAGGGUAUGUAUGUAAUGUUUAUAAUAGAGCGUAGAACAAAACUGUCAAAUUUAUUGUAAUACGCGCUUCAAACAGGUCAUUAAUUUACCCCCUCACUGUAUAUUGGCUAUAUGUUUCAUGAACGAGUGAUAUACAUGGAAAAUAUAUUUUUAUGAAAUACACGCCAAGCAGAUGGAUGACAACUAUCGAACAGCUCCUUCCUACGGACACCUCUCAACUCCUCUAUAAACGAAUAAUUCAUGUUCAUGUUUCUUUGGCCUGCCGGCCUUGUCCUAUUCAGAGAGAGGUUGAGAACGUUUUGUCUUUUGAGCGAAGCUGCGAAGGUCGGAACUUCCCAACGAAGGGCCUUCGCUCGAAACGUCGAAGUUCUCCUUGUAUUUUUCAGGGAGUUGUAAUUGGCCUUAUUAAUCCGAAACUUUCUAAGUAUAGUUGAACGCCCUUCUUGUUUUGGCUUCGAACUUUUAUUCUGUAUGCACGCAUGUUUCUUUGUGACUUUGUUGUAUCCAUGUAUUCAUGCAAAUCUCUAUUACUAGGGUAUAGGGACUAUACAUUCAGGAAUUAAAAUGUCCGUAAUAUAGAGAUGUAUCAGAACAAGAAAUAGAUGGCUGUGGUAUUUUAUUGGCCGCGUUUGCACAGCUGAGAGUGAAUGUUAGACAACUGAGACUAAUACAGAAAUGGCUCGUAAUCAGACUCCUAAAUCAAGGUCUACAUUUGUUGUCAGACGCUUUGAUCAAAGGGAAAGCAUAAUUUGAUCAAACUUCGAUCAAAGAAAUUUCGAUAUUGUAAACGAGAAGGGAUGAUCCGUACGGCUGAAAUAUUUGCGCAUUUCAUCUGCUUAGACGAAUUUGCGCGCGUGUUGUUCCUUUAAAUAAACAGCAAUCUGCCUUGACAGCCUGAUCCAUAUCUUAUUAAAAGUCCUAAGAGGCUAAGACGCAUUAAUUGUUUUGUCUUAUUAACUUUUGCAGGUGUUCGCGUAUAGUUUCUACACAAUGUCAGAAGGGAUGCUAUGUUGGUCCACAGAAACUGAGAAAAACAUCAGUUUACAUUCAAUAUUCUACAACGAUAUCGCAUUAUGCUGCGUGAAUACUGCAACCAUGUUACUAAGCUUGUUUGCCAGUGGGCUGGUUGUCUAUAAAUACUACCAAACAAGGGCCCGGCAGCCUGUUUCCAACACCUUACUCUUUCUGUUAGCAUCUUUGAAUUUGCUACAAAGCGCAGUAGCUCAACCGCUUUUCAUUUCCAUGUUUAUCCUGGAAUUUUUUGGCAUUUUUAAUUGUACACUUCAAAAUGUUACCGAAACAAUAGUUUGCGUACUUUUGGGAUUCAGUUUUGUAAUGGCGACAAUUGUUUUAACUUCAGAACGAUUUUUUGCAAUCUUAUACCCGAUUUAUCAUCGCGUUUACAUGCGAAAGAAAGUCUUGGUUUAUGUGAGUUUAUCGCUGUUUGCAGCAUGUUCAAUCUUAUUGACAACUUUUCACCUAAUCAUACCACAGCUGUUUCAAAUGUUGUACGUCUAUUUAUUUAUUUUAUCGUUCGGGUUGAUCUAUACCGUGGCUGUUUAUGUGAAAAUAUUUUCCAUCAGUCGAAAAUCGAUAACUCAGUUUCAUGGUGAGAAGGCUCAACCAAGGAAUUCUCAAUUACAGAAUGGCGGUUUGGACGAAGAAGAUACAGUAAAUCGCAUUCAUGGACUGUCUGUAGUUGAAAAGAAUGGAGAGACAAGUAAGAAGAAUUCUGGACUAAACACAGGUAACUUUUGAAGUAUUAAUCGCGCAUUCAUAGAAUCAUUGGGUGAUGUUGGCACAGUGUUAGUGUAUUUCACUCGUAUGUGAAAAUACAUGUACACCACAGCUAGGUCGCAAAUACCUUUGGUAUUGUCAGGAUACUGCAAUUUCCUCGUACAUUAAGAUUAGACCAAUAAGCUGUGGUCUUAUCCGAUAGACCUUUUCCGGUAUAAAUAAAGUUGGUAUAAUUUAAGUUUCCUCUUGUAAGAACACUGGAUCAAAAAAGGAUUCCUCUCACUGGACCUCUAGGAUAAAUAUAGUAUAGUAUAGGUUUCCUCUAGUAUUAACGCUGGACCAACAAGAGAUCAUGAACCUUAACAAGCAUAGUGUUUCAUCAACUCGAUCUUUUCUAUGUUAGCAGGUAUGAGCAUGGACUCAAAUACAGCCUGCAACAGCAACAAUUACAAUGAAGAAGUGACAGUGCCUGCUGAAACAUCAUGUCAAAAGAUGCUAAAGAAAACCCAUAAUGCAGUGCAAAAGUUCAAGUUAACCGCCAAAGAAAAGAAAACCAUUUUCCGAAUAUUAUACAUCAUUGGAGUGCUAUGCCUUACAUCCAUACCAAUUCUGGCUGCUUUUGCGUAUGUAAUCGUAAGAGGAACGGACAAUAUUUAUGUUAAUUAUUUAUACCCGUGGGGCACAACAAUGAUUUUUACUAGUGGAGUAAUUAAUGCGUAUAUAUACUGCUAUAGAAACGAACAUUUUCGGACACGCAAAUCAGCUUUUAAGAACUCGCCAGUUUGCUCGUCUGGUAAUGCAAAUGAUGGUCACCUUGGGCAUAGUCGAUCGCAACAAAACUCCACUAAAAAUAACAUUGAUCACGGUUUUCAUUGAUAAUGCGUUUCGAUUCUGGGUUUAGCUUGUGAUAAUUUUGAAUACCGACUUGUCAUGCAUUAAGCCAUGCCUUAUGAGACCUUAUGAAGCCAUGCCUUAUGAAGCUGAUAUGUGGGCACUGGGCAAUGAGGAAAUGACCACUUAUAUAGAGGGGACUGGGAUCAGAUUGUAAUAAUGGAUACAGGGAAUAUCACUCUGAGACGAGGACGUUAAAACAGCUGCAGCCUAGAAUGUGUAGCCAAGAAAUGAGAAGCAAGCAUGAGGUGAUUGAACAUUUGAUUACAAUGGAUGAUAGAUUAUUAAAGGCGAUUGCCAAUCAAGCUAAUCAAGCAUUCCACAUUCAGCUUUAGAUAUGAUGCGACGUUUUCAAACAACUUUAUUUACGCGAUUUCACACUUGCCAUGAUACGUUUACAAUCCAAAUACGAACGACUGUUACAAAUUUUUAGUUGUAAAAUCUGAUGAAUAAUUAUCACAAAUUUAUGAUUUUAAUAUUUGUGAUCAACCAAAUUUUCUGUUUAUUUUGCAAUAAUUGCAUUUCCCGCAAAAUUGGCAAAGGCUCAUGCUAAUUAGAUAUGACGCGGGGUUUUGGUUUUGUCAUCGUCGUGUUUUAAAGCUUGUUUGUUGGACAUUUUUACAGUUGUUUUUGGACGGCUUGUGUAAAACUUUUCUUUAAAAAGGGUAUGUAUGUAAUGUUUAUAAUAGAGCGUAGAACAAAACUGUCAAAUUUAUUGUAAUACGCGCUUGAAUCAGGUAAUUAAUUUACCCCCUCACUGUAUAUUGGCCAUAUGUUUCAUGAACGAGUGAUAUGGAAAAUAUUUUUUGAUGAAAUACACGCCAAACAGAUGGAUGACAACAAUCGAACAGCUCCUUCCUACGGACACCUCUCAACUCCUCUAUAAACAAAUAAUUCAUGUUUCUUUGGCCUGCCUUGUCCUAUUCAGAGAGAGGUUCGAACGGAUGUAUGACAUGUAGUCCAUGAUCCAUGAUCAUUCUUGGAUGGAAUACGGGCAGAUAGAAAUUCGUGCAUUCUAGUUUAUACUGAUAUAGUCGAAAGGUCUGUGUCGGUGGAGGUCCAAUAAUAAGAAAGCUUCCGAUUGAUAGUGAUGCAACUCCCUAAAAAAAAGGGGAGAACUUUGACGUUUUGAGCGAAGGUCGAAACUUCGCUCGAAAGGUCGAAGUUCUUUUUGUAUUUUUAAGGGAGUUGUAAUGAUCCCUAUCAAUCCGAAACUUUCUUAUAUAGUUGAACGCCCGGCCUUCUUGUUUUGGCUUCGAACUUUUAUUCUGCAUGCAUGCAUGCAUGCAUGUUUCUUUGUGACUUUGUUGUGUAUAUUCACGCAAAUCUCUAUUACUAGGGAUUACAUGCAGGAAAAUGUCCGUAAUAUAGAGAUGUAUCGGAACGAGAAAUAGACGGCAGUGGUAUUUUCUUGGGCGCGUUUGCACAGCUGACGAGUGAAUGUUAGACAGCUGAGACUAACAGAAAUGUCUCAUAAUCAGACAUUUAAAGUAAGAGGUCUACAUUUGUUGUCCGACGCUUUGAUCAAAGGGAAAGCAUAAUUUGAUCAAACUUCGAUCAAAGAAAUUUCAUUAUUGUAUAAACGAGCAGGGAUGAUCCGCACGGCUGAAAUAUUUGCGCAUUUCAUUUGCUUAGACGAAUUUGCGCGCGUGUUGUUCCUUUAAAUAAACAGCAAUCUGCCUUGGCAGCCUAAUCCAUAUCUUAUUAAAAGUCCUAAGAGACUAAGACGCAUUACUUGUUUUGUCUUAUUAACUUUUGCAGCUGGUGUUCAAGUAUAGUUUCUACUACAAUGUCAAAAGGGAUGCUAUGUUGGUCUACGGAAACCGAGAAAAACAUCAGUUUAUACAGUUCAAUAUUCUACAACGAUGUCGCAUUAUGCUGCGUGAAUAG